UGUUCACUUGCUCUUUGGACUCGUUCGCCAUUUUGACACAGUCGACUGGGCGCCAGCGUGAAAGUUGCAGCAAACAAGCAGCGUAAACAGCAGCACCGGAGACUGUUUGAGAAGAAAAUUAAGAUAUCGAUAUGAGUGGCUGUCGUGUCUUCAUCGGCCGUUUGAGCCCACAUGCCAGAGAAAGAGACGUGGAGAAGUUUUUCAAGGGAUAUGGACGAAUUCGGGAGAUCAACCUGAAGAAUGGAUUUGGCUUUGUGGAAUUCGAUGACCACAGAGAUGCAGACGACGCUGUGUACGAGUUGAACGGCAAAGAGUUGUGCAGUGAAAGGGUCACCAUCGAGCACGCUCGCUCCAGAAGAGGAAGAGGUGGUGGACCUGGAAUGGGACGUUUCGGCGGUGGUGGCGGCGGCGGCGGCGGCGGCAGCAGCUACCGCCCAUCUCGCAGCAGUGGAUCCAGGUAUGGCCCUCCUGUGCGGACUGACCACAGACUCAUUGUAGAGAACCUCUCUUCACGGAUUAGCUGGCAGGACCUGAAAGACCUGAUGAGAAAAGCAGGUGAAGUUACCUUUGUGGACGCUCACAGACCCAACAAAAAUGAAGGGGUGGUCGAGUUUGCCUCUCGCAGUGAUAUGAAGAACGCCAUCUCCAAGCUUGAUGGGACAGAACUGAAUGGGCGCAAGUUGAAGAUCUAUGAGGACAACAGAAGUCGCAGCAAGAGCCGCUCCCGUUCCCGCAGCUACUCUCGCUCAAAGAGUCGUUCCCGCAGCCGCAACCGCUCCAGGAGCCGCUCCAGGUCUGUCAGCCGCACCCCAGAGAAGAAGACAUCAGGAGGGGGCAAGGGCACAGCCAGGUCCACGUCCAGAUCCAAGUCUCGCUCCAAGUCCCGCUCUAGGUCUCGCUCACGUUCACCGGCUCCGGCUCAGAACAAACAGUCUCGCUCACGUUCGCGCUCUCGCUCUCGUUCCCGAUCCCGCUCACGUUCACGCUCCGCCUCUGCAGACAGCAAGCACUGAGAACAGUACUCCUGUAGGCCGUAAAAUAGACUGGUAGUUGUUCACCAUAGGCCUGUGUGGUGACGUGCUUUUUUUGUUUUUUGUUUUUGUUUUUUAUUUUUUAAUGAAGGGGAGGGAAUUGCCUUUUACAUGGCUUCUUUUGAAAUUAGAUCUUCAGUUAUUAAUGUGCCCACUUCAGCUUUGAUUUCUUUCUUGUUUUGUUUUGUUUUAUUUUAUUUUGAUUUAGUUUGGAAGUGCUUCCACAGGAAAAAUAUUGUUUUCUUCAUGAUUACUUCAUGUUACUUCAUGAUUCAUACAUUUCCCUCUUUUUAAAACCCCCUUCAAAUGUUGAUGAAAUACUGAGUGACAGAAAACAUGGUGAUGGGGGGAUGAUCACAGUCCUGCAGUCUGUCGUAGCUGUCUGCCAUGUCUUGAAUCCAUCCACUCCUCUGUGCUUUGCCUGAGUGUGUAAGGUGUUCCGUGGGAGUAGUUUCGAUUCCCCAAACUGUUGACGACUAUGUUUUUGUAUGUAAUGCAAGCUCCUGGCAUUGCCGUGAAACUGUGAUUCUGCUUUUGAUGAGGCACCGUGAACAGGUGCCUCUACACAUGUUGCAUUCACUGCCCUGAUAUGUAUGUGAACAUAAAAAUGCAAACAUCUCAGUUUCAGCUUUCGCAUGUAAUAAUAUUGGAAUCUGGCACUAAUUUUGACUGUCUUUUUUUGUUUUAAACACUGCUGUAUCGGGACCUCGUCUCGUGUUGGUGAUUAAUUUUCUUUGCUUUUAUGUACUUUAUCUCCUGCUUUGGCUUGUGUGGUGUCGUGGGUCUGAACACAAGUGUUUCCAUUUCAGCAGGACGAAAGACAUUUGUUGAUUUGAUACUAAUAAAACUCACUGCAUAUUUUCAUUUCUUUUUUAGUAAUGUCCAGAAAAAAACAAUUGCUUUUUUUUUUUUUUUAACAUUUUGUGAAUUCAGGUUAAGAGACUCAUUUAAAUGUACACGUCUCUGCAGUUUAAUCAGAUCUUUCACAAACUUAAAUCCUGUCAGCCACAAUUGUUUGCAUCGUGUUGUGAUUACAGCACAAAUGUAACUAAACCCUAAGUUUCAGACACAAAUAAAGUUUUUGAUUUGUA